AUGGGCAACUAUUGGACUAAUCUGUUCCUGAAUGAAGAAAUCAUGCAAGUUAGACACUUGGUAUUCAAGAAGAUAAUGUUUCCAUCUUCUACACAGAUCGGAAAAGCCACAGUAUAUGAAAUGAAUGAUAUUGCUAUUCCUAACGACAUGUUGUGGCUGUAUGAAAUAAAGAUUGUAUCUGGAAGUGAUUGUGCCCCUGUACUCGGCUCUGGUGAGGCCGCACCUUGAGUACUGUGUUCAGUUUUGGGCCCUCGCUACAGGAAGGACAUGGACGUGCUCGAGCGAGUCCAGAGAAGGGCGACCAAGCUGGUGAGGGGUCUGGAGAACAAGUCUUACGAGGAGCGGCUGAGGGAGCUGGGCUUGUUCAGCCUGGAGAAGAGGAGGCUCAGGGGCGACCUUAUCGCUCUCUACAGUUACCUUAAAGGAGGCUGUAGUGAGGUGGGGGUUGGUCUGUUCUCCCACGUGCCUGGUGACAGGACGAGGGGGAAUGGGCGAAAGUUGCGACAGGGGAGUUUUAGGUUGGAUGUUAAGAAGUACUUCUUUACCGAAAGGGUUAUUAAGCAUUGGAACGGGCUGCCCAGGGAGGUGGUGGAGUCAACAUCCCUGGAGGUCUUUAAAAGACGUUUAGAUGUAGAGCUUAGCGAUAUGGUUUAG